AUGGCCCCAAGUCCCUUUUAUGAACACAUCUAUUCUGAAAUAGUUCAACUUCGUUCAUCCGAUUCUGGCCGCCACUUCAAUGUCCACAAAGACCUUUUAGAGUCGAAGUGCAAAGUCAUGUACUCAGCUCUAUCGAAGGGAUUUCUUGAAACCAAGGAGGGGGUGUAUACCUGCACUGAUACUACCCAUGGCACAUUAGCACUGGCGGUUGAAUGGAUGUACACUGGAACGUAUACCGAGCCUGUCCACCAUGUAGCCGAGGCAGUGGUGGGACAGCCUCCGGGGAUGGAACAAGAAGUGAAUCCCAACAGCUUGAACGAUCUUGCCGACGAGACGAAGAGUCACCCGAUUAUUGCUCACCUGCAGCUGUACAUUUUCAGCGACCUGUACUUGAUGGCAGGUUUAAAGCAGACUGCAUUUCAGAAGCUCACGGGUCAAUUAACUCUCAUGGACAAAGCCAAAAAUGUCGAAACACAGCGAGCUGUCAUUGCCAUGUUACAUUUGGCCUUCAGCAAGAUCAACCCAGAUGACGAGCUCCUCGGCUGGUUGGCACAUUUUGCAUCGUGGAACCUCCUUGGGCUUCUUCCGCGACCUCUCUUCCACGAUCUGUUAGUUAAGGUUCCUGCUUUGGGCUCUCUUAUGAUGUAUUCCUUGUAUCCAGCCAAGUUCACCCCCUGGAGCUCUCGGAAAGUCAAUAGGGGUUAA